CAGAGUAUGGUUGAAUUGAAAGUGUAUCUUUUUACGAAUAAAUAUAUACAUACAUACAUAAGUUUUCCAUUUUGAAUAUUGUAGUUAGACAUUUAAUUAUAAAAUCAUAGUUACGUGACAAAAACAAGCUAUGCAGGAAAAACCGUUUCGAGUGACGAAUCCCAAUUAUUCAUAAUCGUUUCAAAUAUGUUACGGGGAACACGAAUUGUUUUAUUGUUUUGUGCAAUGGUAUUAGGUGAAAAUGAAAUUUUAUUAACAAAGUGUUGUCCGGAAAACUUUCAUAUGAAAACUACUUGUGUUAUAAAUACUAUUGGAAAUAACAAUUUCUCGGAUGUACCAGUUUACGAUAUGAGAAUUGACGAUGUGAAGUUUCAAGUUGAACAGAAAUUUGACAAUAUAUUUCGUGUGGUUGCUAAUGCGUCCAUUACUCCUGGAAAAGAAAUAACUAAUGCUGAUUUGUAUCUUAAUGGCUUCAUAUAUAACUACGAUGACUUCAAAGAGCCAUCAAGCUUUUGUCUAGACUAUAAAGAAAAUGGCAACUCUACUGGAAUUGGCUUUUGGUUAAUAAAUGAUGGAACAGAAACUAAGACGAAGCUAGUAAAUAAUGUAGAAGAAUCAUACAUAAAUAUUACUGCAUUAUUGACAUCUUGUGUGUUUCUCUCAUUGACGAUUCUGGUAUAUGCUCUUUUACCAAAAUUACGAAAUAUGAAAGGCAAAAUCCUUUUAUCAUGUGUUAUCAGUCUUUUCGGUGCUUUUCUAGCAUUGGCUAUCUUGAAAAUAGUGAAAUUACUUGGCGCUAUACUACUACCGAGCUUAUGUUAUAGUUUAAUUUCGCUUUUUUAUUUUUUCUUCCUGUCGAGUUUCUGUUGGAUGAAUGCUUUGUCUUUCAUGAUGUGGCGAGAUUAUCGGCGCAUGUUCGAACGAACACCGAGGAUUGACAAUCGAGAGAUUGUAAAUAGACGGUAUAGGAAAUAUCUUGUCUAUGCUUGGGGAGUGCCUUUGAUUUUAACGAUUCUACUAAACGUGUUAGAUCAAUCAGGACUAAAGCGUUAUUCGUGGUUCAUGCUACCGAAUAUUGAAAAAUAUGGAUGCUUUUUAGGGGGAUAUGAAAGGCUACUUUAUCUCGAUUUGCCUAUGAUGGUAUUGUUAAUAGGAAAUUGGUAUUUCUUUAUAAUAACGGCAUAUAAUAUAUGGGCAACCUUCAAAGAAACUAAAAUUCUAAACGAGUCUGCAUUGUCCUUAAAAAAACUGCUAUUGGUGUACGUAAGACUUUCUAUUCUGUUGGGAAUUUCGUGGGUGCUAGAAAUAAUUGCGCACGCUUUUCCGCCUUCACGUAUGCAUCCAUUUUGGAUCAUGGUUGAUUUAUACAACGGAUUUAUUGGCCUCGCCUUCUUUCUCGUGCUCGUAUGCAAGAAAAAAAUAUGGAAUUCACUCAGGCGGCUAAAAUGGCAACACAAAGGCGCUAAUAAAACUAGUUAUUGGUCUCGAACUUAAUCUUCAAGAUUACAAUAUCUUACUCCAUAAAAAUUACGGAUGAUUUUUUUUUAUACUAUGGGAGUUCAACAGGUUUUCAAUGUGUUAGAUGUACGUCGAAGUACGUACGUCGGCCCGCUCCUAAAGAUAUCGUGUAAUUUCAGAUGGAUUAAAAAAAACAUUGAAUCACUAUGCUGUUUGUUUUCUUCAAAGAUUGGAUUGUAUUUUUUUCUAA